UCGAUACUGGCUCGAGCUCGGUAUUAGAUCGAGCCCUCGGCCUUGAGUUCGAGUUCGACAUUCGGGGUGAGUGUCAAUCGGUCUGUGCAUCUUCGACAACCUUCUUUUUACUUUACGAUUCGAUUUGGUCAUGGGCUUGAUAAUGAUAUCGAGCCAAUUCCUCGAUCGGUCUUGGAGCUCGAGUCUUGUAUGUACUAUCCUCGGAACUCGUCUCGAGCUCUCACUUCGAUCACUUACAAUUCGAACUCGAUCAAACGUACGGAGGCUGAAAUCUAUUUCGACCGUAUACAGAUAGUCCACUCGUUUCUCAGGAAGAAUGUGGUGAGAAGCGAUAUGAGUUUCGACGGCUCGAUCGGAUUAUAAGCUGAUAUUUUCACUGGGCUCGAUCGUGACGUAUGUGAUAGCUGUCCCCGUCGAUUUAGUCUUUCAAGACAUUUAAUGCACGUCAGACGGUGGUCGGCCACCGCUGAUACUGAACCGCCACGGUAUGAACCUAUAAAUAGCCCUUCCAUUUAUCAUUUACCAUUUUUACAUCUUCAAUCCCCCAAAUUUUCUUACUCUUUCUUCCUCUAUUUCGCCGCUUGUAGAGCCACCUUCAUUAGCGUUUGGCACCAUCAACCUUUCAUCUUCCUUCGCUUUUCUUUCUCUUACAUCAAUGGCAAAAACUUCAAAAACCGUACCUCAUAAGGAGAAAGCUUCCUCUACACGGUCGUCCGGCGACAAGGCGCCGGUGGAGCCGCCUCCCCAUGAGUACGUUCCUAACCCGUGUACUCUGAAGAUCGAUUUUAAGGUUGAAAAUCCUUCGUCUAUUCCGGGUCGAUAUGACCAUGUAUCGAUGUACAUGUGCUCGAUAACAUAGGGUCAUCUCGAGGCUGUGAGGAAAGACUGCAACUGGGGUUCCGAGGUUGUGUUGCAAAUUCCCUCUCCCGAAGAGAGCGUCAUCACUCAUGUGGAGGGGGUUUUAAGUGUUUACACUUACCCCUUCACGUUGGGUCCCGCCGACCCAGUGAUCAUUAAUUUUUGCAAAAGAUAUCAGGUCACCCUCGGUCAAAUUCAUCCUUCUCUAUGGCGUAUAGUAACCUUACUUCACUUCUUCUCCAACAAGGCCGAGGGGCUGGAUUUUUCCCUAAAUCACCUCAUACGAUUGUAUCGGCCUCAAAUCUUUCGAGGACUAAUCAGGCUUCAUCAUCGGGCAUCGAAAGCUUUGAUGUCGAGCAUCAACGAAGACAAGGAUCGGGGUUGGAUGGGCUGUUAUAUUCGGGUGAGGACCCGUGACCUCAUUCCGAAAGAGAAGAUGUCGUUCCCCGAGGAAUGGAAUUUCGACCCUGCCCCUUGGAUUCCACAAGCGGUAUCAGACCUUGAGGAUUGGGUUCGGAAGUUAGCCUCGACUUCCUCUUAUGCCGAACACACUUGGCAUGAUUUGGCAAAAGGUAGAUGGGAGGCCAAGAAUCACGGCGUAACCAAGGAUGCCAUUUUGAGUAGGGGACCCUUUUCGGGAUUGCUUUACUGGAGUCGAUGAUGCCUCCGACAUUAGUGACGCUUCUCUUCUCCUAGAAGAGGCCUAACAUUUUAUUUCUCGGGUAUUGAUUUUACUGUGCUUGGUUUCUUCGUUCUUUUCCAAACUUGACUUGUGUUUUUUCCCUACUAUACAGGCCAUUAGCAGGUUUCGAGUCGACCUCAGCCAGUGUGAGGUCGAGCUUCAGAAGGUCUCGGGAGAGAGAGAUGCCAGCGGCUUCUUUACAGCCAAAAGGACGAGGCUAUAAAGGACCUCCAAGCAGAUUUGGCUAAGGCUCGUGAAGAAGAGGCCGAACUAGAU